UUUUAAAUGUCUAUUAGCAUUAGCUCGCUAAAAUGUGCAAGUUGUUAUCAGCAGAAGUCAGUGAGGCUCCCAAGGUUAGCCCGUUAGUUUGUAGGUCAAAUAAGCGCCUUUGGUGUAAAAAAAAUGACAGUAUUCCAUAUGGCCCAGUGUAUGUGCUAAAUAUAUGCCAUUUAUUCACUGUAAACCUGAACUCUUGGCUGCUGCAGUUAUGUAAUGUCACACACUGUGACAGACCUUGCACCCUAAUAGACAGAAAUCAGCGAUGGCAUAACUUUGUUUUAUGUAAAAGACAAAUAACCAUGCAAUACAAACUUUCUGCAAUGCCUUGUGAAAACAUGGGAGCCACAAGUCCUGUAGCUUCAUUGUAGUGUAAAUAACCAUUCAUGAUUAUUUAUGGUGGCUGUGUUAGUGUGCAAAAAGGAAACACAGGAAUUGUGUGCAUCAACUUUUAAACAAUUACAAAAAACACUCAAUAAAGCGACGUCUUUCUUUAGCAUUUCCCAAUUGGGUUUGUACCUAGCUGUUCUUCAGCUCAGGGGAAAUUAGCUUCGCAAUAAAAACUCAUGAACAUAUAAGGGCAACACUAUUUGGAAAUUUGAUUUUGAUGGAAUACAAUAAACCCACACUUACAAAAACUCAAAACUAAUGGAUCCUGUUUCAGAUAAAAACAAAAAGUUUAGUUAAAUCAAUGCUUGCAUAUAAAAAUUAAGAUCAAACUAGAGCCUAAGCAUGCUUAUAAUUGAUUAAAACCUUUAAUCGGGGCGUGUCAUAUGCAAAUGUAGUACACGGCGAAAAAUACGCGAUGACGUAGACCGCAGCGCAUUUUGGGUAAGAAAGAAAAAUGAAGGUAAACAGCGCGAAAGUGCAAUAGUCCUGGUAAACCAGGGGAAUUUGGAAAAUGUCUCGAGGCCAGACUUGGAGCAGUGAGGAGGUGCAAGCGCUAAUCGAUAUAUGGUCAGAUGAGCAAAUUUCGCGUUUGCUGGUUGUCACACACAAGAACUUUGCGGUUUUUAGGUUGUUCAGCGAGAAGAUGGCUGCACGAGGAUUUAAUCGAACUCCACAUCAGUGUCGCAUUAAAGUGAAAAAACUGCGACAGCGUUAUUUUUGGGUCCGGGACUUGACGCAGAAAAUAGGUAGCUCUGUGGAAGAGAAGAGUAGGUUUGUGUGGUACAAAGACCUGGACGGUAUACUGGGCAGAAGACCAACAAGCAGUCAACAAGAACACGAAGUGGAUAUUAAGGAGGAAGUUGCUUUGACAGCUGUCACUGAAGAGCCACCACAUCGUUCUGAGUCUUCCGUCAAUUGUGAUUUAGACAAACGUGGAGUUCAGAGCUGUGGUGAACUUCAUUCUGAAGAAGAUGAGAGCACAGCCACCUCACAGAGCCCCAGUCCUCAACAAAAUGACACCCCCUGGUGGGGAGCUCCCAGCACCCAAGAUAGAAAACUGAAAAGUGGGAGUGGUGGUUUGGAAAGUUUGUUGGAAGGCUAUAUGCAGCACAAGAGACAAAUGGAUGAGGCUGACCAAAAACGGCAUGAGGAGCUGAAGACAGGAUUUGAAAACUUCAUGAGAAUGCAACAAGAGGCAGAGGAACGCUGGUUCAGUGCUAUACAAGAGCGACAGCAGGCCAACAGUCAACUGUUUAUGUACAUGAUGGAGACUUUUGCAAAAGCUCUGUUGCCUCAGUCACACACCACAUCAGGGCAAUGGAUGCCACCAAUGUUUUCAUACUCCUGCACUACUCACAACACAGCCUCACCACAGAACUUUGAAAAUCCUGUAGAAUCAUUGGCAAGCUACCUCCUCGAUAACAUGGCACCACACACUAGUUCUUCUUUGCUUCAUGAUCUUGGUGAGUUAGGCAAGGGAGCAGGCAAAGGUGGUGGUGGAGGUGGCUCGAUAAGGGAGGCAGGAGGUGCAUUUGGAAAGAGAGAAGCAGCAGAGGAGGAGCGAUAUUUCAGGCAGAAAGAGAAGGAGCAAAUGGAGAUGUUGAGGAAGCAUCACAAGGAAGAGAUUGAACAUCAUAAAAAGGAGAUUGAACGUCUACAGAAGGAGAUCGACCGCCACAAGGGCAAAAUCAGAAGGCUGACGCACGAUGAUUAAAGUCAUCAGUUCACUUCCCUUGGAAUCAAUUCAUAUCAUUGCAAAGUAGAUGAUCUGAUCAGAUAAUUGAUUUUUUUUUUACUGCUUGUUGAGGCAGGUCCUGCAUUUAAUGCUGACAACAUGCAAAAGAGGGAAAACAAUAAACAUUUCAAUUAUACAAUAA